CUCAACUUAGUUCAACGAUAUAUUCAGAUUAGUACAAAUUAUUUAGAGUCUGCCCACCGACUCUAAUAAUUUAUAAACUCCACGAUGGUGAAACCAAUGAUUGACGGACCGCAAUCAGCUGGCAAGGUGGACAUUGGCAAUAUUCCUGCUCGUCGACGACAGAAGCAUCGGCGCUGACGGAUAUGGCAUGAUGGACUAUCAUCAAUCAAUUUUAUGAACUCCUGGGAAAAUCCAGCAGGCUAAGUUCGAAGGAGAAGAAGGCUGGCGUUCAUGUGUUGAAAUAUGGGCAAACAAAGCGCGGCUAUACCGUCGAACUGGCCAUCAAACCUUCCCUAUUUAGCACAGCCCACCUACGCCCCCCACGUCAGCAAGGCCCAGAUCGCAGCGCUGAAGAUCCGGCCGAGCGAUCUGGCAGAAGAAGUCCCCUCGAAUCUACCAAGGGGGCCCUCCGCCGCAGUCAAGAUAACGCCCAUCAGCAACCCUGCGCACCCGGCCAACGGGCAAGCCGGCCUCUUCGCAGCCCGGGCCCUGCCCGCGGGCUCGCUCAUCCUGCCGUACUACGGCGUCGUGCACUCGGCGUCUCCACCCCACAGCCUGGAGCACGAGAGGAGCGAUUACGACCUGUGGCUGGACCGGGAGGCGGAGGUCGCGGUGGACGCCGACAGGGCCGGGAACGAGGCGCGGUUCGUCAACGACUACCGCGGCGUGAGGGACAGGCCGAACGCCGAGUUCCGCGAGGCCUGGGACCCGAGGGCCGGGCAGAAAUGUAUGGCCGUUUUCGUCCUGCCGGCGGGCAAGAACACGGCCAGGGGAAAGGGAAAGGGGAAGGGCGAUGGUGGCAUUGCCAAGGGAGAGGAGAUCUGCGUCAGUUAUGGGAAGGGGUUUUGGGAGAAGAGGAAAACUGAGGAAGAAGAGGCUGGUUGAAAUGCAUCUUUGUCAUGAGAAGGCAGGUGAGUAGAGAUUUGUCGAGGGACAGCGUUGAGCAAGAUCGACUCUGAUCUUCAGUGGGGUAGCUG